UUCUGCUCCUGUUGUUCCUCGAUCCAUUUAUUACUCCGCCCCCGACGCGUCGAGAAUUUUUUCGCCCCGUCCGGUGUGGACGCAUCAUAAAUACAGCGUUUAUCUGUCACUUCGGGUUUGAGUUCAACCAGCUUGAGUUUCACGCCCGCUGAAAGGAGCGCAUGCAACGGUUACCCGCUAGCUUGAGCUGACAUCUAACAGUUACUUUGGUCACGUUAGCUUCGCUGUCUGGCUUCAACGACACGGUUCAACUCAGUUCAGGGUUCUCUCUCAAAUGAGAAGCAGGUAAAACCCACAAGCUGUAACCUAACCAGCGUUCUAUAAGAAGGGGAGCAACACACAAGUCCGCCUUUUGGAUACCCGACCAGCGAGAUGAGCUGUCUGGGUGAUGCCCCUCCACUGAGGGUGUUGGUAACGGGCGGCUCUGGCUUGGUGGGCAAGGCCAUACAGCAUGUGGUCAAAGCGGAGGGAGGAGCCAAGGAAGGGGAGGAAUGGAUAUUCCUCUCCUCCAAAGAUGCCAACCUCAUGAACAUGGAGGAGACGAGGGCUGUGUUCGAGAAACAUCGGCCAACCCACGUCAUUCACCUGGCUGCUAUGGUUGGGGGUCUUUUCAAGAACAUGAAAUACAACCUGGACUUUUGGAGAAACAACAUCUACAUCAAUGAUAACGUGCUGCAGGCCGCACAUGAAGUUGGCGUGGUCAAAGUUGUUUCCUGCCUGUCCACCUGCAUCUUUCCUGAUAAGACCACCUACCCUAUCGAUGAGACCAUGAUCCACAACGGUCCACCUCAUGAGUCGAACUUUGGCUAUGCUUAUGCAAAGAGAAUGCUUGAUGUUCAUAACAGGGCAUAUUUCGAGCAGCAUGGUCGUUGCCAUACGGCUGUGAUUCCCACUAAUGUGUUUGGUCCUCACGACAACUUCAGCAUUGAAGACGGUCAUGUGCUGCCAGGCCUCAUACACAAAGCAUACAUUGCUCAAAAGGAGGGGAAGCCCCUCGUGGUCUGGGGCUCUGGCACUCCCAGAAGACAGUUCAUCUACUCUUUGGACCUGGCUCGUCUCUUCCUGUGGGUCAUGAGAGAGUAUCCAGAGGUAGAGCCAAUCAUUCUCUCUGUUGGAGAGGAGGAAGAAGUGUCCAUAAAAGAAGCAGCAGAAGCAGUUGUGCAAGCAUUGGACUUCAAAGGAGAAGUGGUGUUUGAUACCAGUAAAUCAGAUGGCCAGUUCAAAAAGACAGCCAGCAAUGCAAAGUUGCGCCGCUAUAAGCCAGACUUAACAUUCACACCCUUCAAACAAGCUUUAAAGGAAACCUGUGAUUGGUUUGUUACCAACUACGAAUCUGCCCGGAAGUGAAAACUAUCGCAACCAAGUUAGUACAAAGUCUGUCGGCCCACGGCCCGCUCGGUUGGAAUAGAAGCUGAGAAGACGGUGGACAGGACUGGAAGAAACCGAGAGGCGGGGGAGAGAGAAAGGUGGAUGGAUGUUACUUAUGGAGGUCACCAGUUAGUCACUCAAUGAUUUGGACUGAAGAUCUCUGCAACACCAUCUAGGCUCAUGUCUCUUCAGGUAGAAGAAGAAAGUCCACCUGUAUAUCUUUUUCUCUUUUGUGCCCUUUAUUAUUUCCGUUGUUAAAUGACUUUCGUUCUUGAAAUCCAGGUGCUGGCACAAUUAAAUAUUUACAGUAAUUGUUCAUUAUCAGCAUUUAAUUGCUGAAAUUCCUUAAUUCUUUUAAGUUUAGGUGGUCUAGCUUUGAGUCACUGUAUUUAAUGUACCACGGUUUGGGUUAUUUUUACUCUUGCAUAUCUUGGCACUGAGGAAAAUAAAGUUUUUUUUUCCGGUA